GCGCUCCUUUCCAAGAUGGCGGCGGAGGGAGGUGGGAAGGAGAUGAACGAGAUUAAGACCCAGUUCACCACCCGGGAGGGGCUGUACAAGCUGCUGAGCCACUCGGAGUACAGCCGGCCUAACCGCGUGCCCUUCAACUCGCAGGGCUCCAACCCCGUCCGCGUCUCCUUCGUCAACGUCAACGACCAGAGCGGCAACGGGGACCGGCUCUGCUUCAAUGUGGGCCGGGAGCUCUACUUCUACAUCUACAAGGGGGUCCGCAAGGCUGCGGACUUGAGUAAACCAAUAGACAAAAGGAUAUACAAAGGAACACAGCCUACAUGCCACGACUUCAAUCAUUUAACAGCCACAGCAGAAAGCGUGUCUCUUCUAGUGGGCUUCUCUGCAGGCCAGGUCCAACUUAUAGACCCUAUUAAAAAAGAAACUAGCAAAUUAUUUAAUGAGGAAAGACUAAUAGACAAGUCCCGAGUAACCUGUGUAAAAUGGGUACCAGGUUCAGAAAGCCUUUUCCUAGUAGCUCAUUCCAGUGGCAAUAUGUACUUGUAUAACGUGGAGCACACUUGUGGUACCACAGCCCCGCACUACCAGCUACUUAAACAAGGAGAGAGUUUUGCAGUGCACACUUGCAAGAGUAAAUCCACAAGAAACCCUCUGCUUAAAUGGACAGUAGGUGAGGGUGCCCUGAACGAAUUUGCCUUUUCCCCUGAUGGGAAGUUCUUGGCGUGUGUGAGCCAGGAUGGUUUUCUUCGCGUGUUUAACUUUGAUUCGGUGGAAUUGCAUGGUACAAUGAAAAGCUACUUUGGAGGACUGCUGUGUGUGUGUUGGAGCCCCGAUGGGAAAUACAUAGUGACAGGCGGAGAGGAUGACUUGGUGACAGUUUGGUCUUUCGUGGACUGUCGAGUCAUAGCACGAGGCCACGGACACAAAUCGUGGGUCAGCGUGGUGGCCUUUGAUCCGUACACCACUAGUGUAGAAGAGAGCGACCCCAUGGAAUUUAGCGGAAGCGAUGAGGAUUUCCAAGACCUUCAUUUUGGCAGAGAUCGAGCAAAUAGCACGCAAUCCAGACUGUCCAAAAGGAACUCUACAGACAGUCGUCCAGUAAGUGUUACGUAUAGAUUUGGUUCGGUAGGCCAGGACACACAGCUCUGUUUGUGGGAUCUUACAGAAGAUAUCCUCUUCCCCCACCAACCUCUGUCAAGAGCAAGGACACAUACAAAUGUCAUGAAUGCCACAAGUCCACCUGCGGGAAGCGGUGGAACUAACCCAGGAAGUAAUGGAAACAGUAUCACAACACCUGGAAACUCUGUACCCCCUCCUCUUCCACGGUCAAACAGCCUUCCACACUCUGCAGUCUCAAACGCUGGCAGUAAAAGCAGUGUCAUGGAUGGUGCCAUUGCUUCUGGCGUUAGUAAAUUUGCAACCUUAUCGCUGCACGAUCGGAAGGAAAGACACCACGAAAAAGAUCACAAGAGAAACCAUAGCAUGGGACAUAUAUCUAGCAAGAGCAGUGACAAACUGAACCUAGUUACUAAAACCAAAACGGACCCAGCUAAAACUUUGGGAACACCUCUCUGUCCCCGAAUGGAAGAUGUUCCCUUGUUAGAGCCUCUUAUCUGUAAAAAGAUAGCACAUGAAAGACUGACUGUGUUAAUUUUUCUUGAAGACUGUAUAGUCACUGCUUGUCAGGAGGGAUUUAUUUGCACAUGGGCAAGGCCUGGUAAAGUGAUUCAGCAGAACACAGACAUGGCUGUCUCUAGAUUCUCUCUGCACACCUGUCCGGUAGGAGCUGGGGCAGAGUGUCGUCAUUCCUUCUAGGACUCUACAGGAGCUCUUUCCUCUGUGGACUCUGGUGCAGGGUAUGUUCUUUAUUCCAGCUUUAGAUCUUGGUGUUUACCUAAUGAUUGCUGAAUUUACAGCCCUGAGGAUAUGGCUCAUACAGGUGAUUCAAGCAUUUUCUGUCUAGAACAAAAUAGUCUAGGAUAAAACUCAUCUGAACUAAAAUAAACUAGUCUAAAACUUCGCAGAAUUUCUUGGAGCAAAUUUAGGUGAAGACUUCAGAUGUUGCCCUUCCUUUUGAGGGGUUAGGCAUUGUCUCACCUUUACAGCAGUGAUUCUUUGUUAACAAAGAAAAGCCAAACAAAUUUGCUGAAGUGUUUCAGAGGCAUUUUUGAGGAAUUUCAGUGUAAAAGUGAGUUACUUUGGGUCCAGUCUGACAGGAGGACUGUUUAUCUUUUUGCAAAAAUACUCUGUAGACUAAAGCUGAGGCAAUCAUCUUAUGUAAACUUGAGAACUUUGUGGUACUUCCAAGGUAUUGACUGACCAUUGUGAUGAUCUAUACAUAGAACGUUCAUGCAUAUUUAAGAACAGGGGUUAGUGAAAGAAAAAAUGAAAUCUGCUUGAACGCUUCUGGAACAUCCAUUUAUAUCAAAUGAUGCAAGAACUGGUUGGUCAAACCAGUUUCUCAGUAGUCAGUGUGAGCCUGAAACAAAACCCAGCUUCCACAGGUUUUGUGGUCAGAGAAGGUAUUUGGCAAAAUAUGUCUUGAAACAUGAAGGUGUAAUUUUACUUGCCUUUAAUAAUGUUGCAUAAGCUUCUCAAGGAAGUAACUUUUAAUAUAAUGUUAUUUUCUGGGUUUUGAAGCUGGAUUUUUAGGUAGGUGCUGCUCAACCUUAUCAAACUCAUUUGGCUCCUUUCUUCUGCUAAGACCACAGUCACUUUAUGGCUAACUCAUGUGGGGUUGCCUUAAGCUAUAUGGUUUUCCUUGAGGUUUUCCCUGGUUUAUCUCAAUUUCAUUAUUUUCUAAACUGUAAAUUUUACACCUUACUGACUUUUGUAGUUUGAGAAAAGUAGAGAAACAACAGUUUAUAAGCCUGUGAGCCCUUAGGACUUGAAUGAAGCUUAAGGUCCUAUUUUUUGAGCCCAGGUCAGGUUUCUGCUGGCAAAAGCCUUUUUGCAUUUUCAAGCACCCAAGUAGUUGCAUCUUAGUUUUUUUUUCCUCUUGGACCUGCAUAUCUUCCAUUCACCUAGUGCCACUGGACGGAUUUUUAGUUACUAAUGGUUUUCUACCAGCCUUGAAUUUGAUUUUUUUUUUGUUGACAGUGACCUCUGUUAAGAGAAACUCCUUUAUAUGCACAGAAGAAAAGUUGCAAGUGAAACCCUAAAGGUGCUACAGUCUUUUAUAAGGUCUGGUGUCAAAUGGUUUAUGUAUUUGUACUUUUGUGUAAUGUUAUCAGAACGGAGAAAAAAAGGCAAAUGGAUUACAAAUUUAAAAGCCCAUUUAGUGAACACACAAACUGUGUGAAGACAGGCAUCAGCUUUGCUGCAUCGCCUAAAUCCCAUAUAAAAUAUUUCUCUGUAGCAUGUUAUGUGAAUGAACAACAUGUGAUUUCCUGAGCAUUUUUGUUAAAUUAAUUUUAUUACUUCAUUAGAGAUUACUAUGUGAUUUAGUGAGCAUAUGCAGUUCAGAAACUUUUGCUGUUAAACACAUAUUCUUUGGAUAAAGAACUUGAAGAUUUUGUUCAUGCAAGUCUUAAAACCAGUUCACCUAAUUUAACUACAGAAUUUUAAACAAAUGUGAGAAAUCGCACUUUGGUUUUUGUGUCUUAUUGCUCAAAUACCAUAAUGGACCAUGGGCUCUUUUCUCAAGCAAAGCUUCAGUCCAGAAUACUUUGAAACCCUAGUUAUGUAGUAACCCUAAUUACUCCAGGAAUAUCACAGUUCUGGACAAGAAUAAACUACUCCUGGAGUAUUUUUCAAAUAAUAACUUCCCAUUAUUUUACAUACUGGCAAUAGAAAUGGUUUAACAAACCAGUACCAUUCUUGUAUGGGCAUUUGUUAAUUCAGCCAUAUUUUAAUUGGUUUAAUUGCAUUAGUGAAGUGUAGUAUGAGACUUCUUUUUUUACAUUGGAUUGCUUGUUAUGUUGGACCCUUUAUUUUUUCUACCUUUCAAUUUCAAACCAGAAAGUAGAAAGAUGAGCAGAGUUUGACAUCCAGCAUGUUCUGAGUGCCACUGGAGCUGUUUCCCUGAAGGAGACAUGCACUUUCUGGAUCCUGCUUGCAUGUCCAAACUUGCUGUUUAUUAUCUAGAUUAGUGAAACUGUGUACGAUUGCACCUUUGGCUCCAAUUAAACAGCUUCUAAUUUAAAUUAAGAAAAUAUUAACUCAGUGACUACUGUUUACUAUUUUCCUAUUAAUUAUUGCAAUGUCUUCCUGAUUUUUAUUUUUUUUAAUACAGCAAUUACAUGCUGAUCUUUCAUAGAAUUAGUUUCUCUUGUGAAACAUUGUUUGAUGUCUUUGGAAAAAAGUCCCAGACUUUUGUCUGGAUUGUAUGUGGAAUUUUCAAAAAGAUACCCAUCCCUCUCCUCACAAUCCCGUAAAUGGGAAGGAGGGUUUGUGUUUGUGCUGCUGCAGCAAACAGACCCCAGCAAAUGAGUGCCACGAGCCUUGGGUGCAAAUGGCUUUCCUGAUUGUAUUUGUUAUGGCUUUUCAUUCCUACCCAUGCCAGCGUAUUUUCACCAGAUGUGCAAAGUCCUGUGUGUUUCAGGAAGUCAGAGAAUGCAUGGAUAAACAGGAUAGCCCUAGCAGCUAGAGCUGAAGCAGCCUGUGUUCAAUACUCACAGCAGUGACUGACUUAGGAAAAAUGACCCCAUCCUCUGAGAGCUGCAUUGCUCAGCUGUGGAGUGUCCCAUUAAGAUGACAGCAGCUACCUCUGAGGUUGGGAUGAAUAUUGUUUUACUAAAUUCCUGUCUUGGAGCUCAUAACUCUUCCAUUUCCCAUGCCUGCCAGACUCAUAUGCUGACAAAAUACUACUGCUAAUAAAACACUACAUUUAUUUACAAAACUUUGAGCAGUGUCUUAAUUUGUUCCUGCUGCUUGCUCAGUGGGAUCUGUUUGUCCUUAAGCCUGAAGCUGCUGCACCAGGCAGCAGAGCUGCAGCUGUGGCUCUGCUCUUCCAUGUUUCCUGGCACAGCUGUUGAACAGGCUCACUUGGCUGUUGCUCUAAUAAGUUGCUGCAGCUUUUGUUUCAUCUUUUCCCACCUGAUAGACUGGGUGGUUCCAUCACAGAAAGCACUACACUCUAAUGGCUUUCUUCUUUCUUUACAGGCAGGAGCUUUUUAUAUUUUUUCAUUACCUUACCCAUUAUAUUCUUCCAGAGAAUGCAACUAGAACUGUUCCAAUCCCACACCCUUUGUAUCACAGAUGAGAUUUACUGCGAACUUUUGUAUCAAAGCAGUAACUUUAUUUGAGCCCUCACUUGCUUUUCUUAGGUUGUUUUCCUCUGUCUUCUGUGUUACACUGAACACAACCUGGUGAAUAGCCUUGCUUGGAGGCUCUGAUCCAAUGGCAAAAUGCUGCAGAAUUUUUGUUUUAAUCAGGACCCACUGAGAACUCACCACCUUCGGUGAAACUUACGUGCCUAAAAACCAAAUUCAUACUCUUUGCUUUUCUUGUAUGAACAUUUAAGAUGUCUUCUGAAAUCAAGUACUUGGAAGAACUCACAAACUUUCUGGUCUCUCCCCUGUGAGUGAAUUUCUGAACGGCAUCAUAGCCUAGUCCAAGUUUUAAGGCAGUACUUGCAUACAUUUGUUCCAUCUGCAGAAGCACAGGGAUAUUGUUCUUGAGGUUAUUUCCACUUCGGUGUUCCUCUGGCUUGCCUGCUCAGAGCUGCAGAAUUAAUUCAGAGCAAGGACUGAAAUAAAGGAAUUCCUAGUACUCACUGAAAGCCAUCUGCACUGAGCUGCUGCUCUUCAAAGCAGGGAGCAUUCACCACCUAUGAGAUGUAACCAGGACUGACUCCUUGUUCCUAGUCUUGGAACUUGCAUUCUAGAGUGGCUGGUAGUUCACAGGGAAUAAGGCACCACACUGAAUUUCAGUAUGUGCUGCCAGUUUCUAGAGGAAUCCUAGGAAAAUAACUUCAUUUUGUUUCCCAAGAAUUGGGUGUGUUACAGUGUAAAUUCAAUGCUAGAGUAGGGCUUAUUUCUCCUGUAUAGGGUGGUUAUGAGCCUGUUGAAAAAGACUUGACAUUAUGCCAUCCCUAGAGCUUCCUGUGUGCUUAUAAAGCACAUAUUUGCAUAUGAACAGUUUGGACUGCUGAUUUAAUUAAGACUGAAAAUAAUACCUCUGGACAUCUUUUUCCAGGGUACUUCAAAGUUGCUUAGUGGAUGUAAUCUUCUGACAAGAAAGACCUUCCAGUUGCUGCUGGAUUUAAUAGACUUGUGAAGAAUGCUUCAGUAAUGAACUAGUGAAUUCUGAUUCAACCUUGUCACUUUCCAACAAAACUUCCCUGGUAAAAAUUUCAGAAGUGCUUCAGUGGCUUGUUUGCUCUAAAGUUCUACCUUCUUUCACCAUCUAGUCCAAAAGUAAUAACUAGGAAACUUUUUGUUCUCAUGAAAUAUGCAGAAUCUUUGUACAUCCUGAAUGUCAAGUGUAGAGAACAACCCACUUCAGUCUACCUCAACAGUGUUUCAAUCAGAUAUUCCCUGCAUAAGCAAAUACAAAUAAAGGUGUUCAGGUUCCUUCAGGUGAGGUCUAUGGAAGAGGCACCAAGUUCCAGGGGCUUUGUUAUGUAUAAAUGUCAUAUGGACCACAGGCAAAUACAGUCUGCCAGAAAUCCUGCAAACUACUCAGGUUCAUGAUGUGUCUGAAAUGAUCAGAUUUUUUUUUAAAAAGAAGGGCUUUAGUUUUAACAAAAAUCUGAUGACUUGAAUCCAGUCAGUCGGGCCCCCUUUCCCCUCUUUCCACUUCUUCUGAGGUCAGGGUUUACUUCCAUCAUCAUGACCUCUCAGUUCUUGGAUCCAAGUUUGAAAGAGCUCCUGUAGAUUCUGAAGAAGUGACAUAAUUCUGUCUUCUGUCUGUAUGCUAAUUGCUGCCUGAUCUUGUCUAGUUUGAUGGAUCUGAGUCCCAGGAUCUUAAUUUUGAGGUAAGAACAUAAGCUGGGAGCUGCUUAGAGGAGUUACUGAAAGUGCAUUUAUCAUUCCUACAAGGUGAGGAGUUGCAUGGGGAUAUUUGCUGGUGUGCUUCUAGCUCCCAGUGUGCUUCCAGCUGCCAGCAUGCUCCUUGGCCUGCUGGCACUCGGUAGAACUAAUGACCUUAUAAGGCUAAAUUGUAUUUUGACAAUAAGCUUUUCCUAAAUAAGCCUGAUAAAGUUAUUCUAUGUGAAUUAUUAAAAAGUGGCUACUGUGCAUAAAUCUGAAAUGGAGUCUGUCCGUGGUACCCAGAGGUUUAAUCUGUAAGGUGAGGUUGCUUUAAUCCAGAGCAGCAGCCUCUGUGUGGUGAGGGGCACCAUGCAGUUGUGGGGCUGUGUGUGAAGUAAGUCUCUUGAUUUGAAUGGCAGGGUAGUUAGAAGAGCUGGUACCAAGUUUUCCUGAGUGUGAACUUAAAUUGUAAUAGGAAAUCUCUACUGAACUCUUGUCAGGGUUUCAUUCUGUAUUAAAAUUACCAAAACAAAUAUUUGGUUAGACAAUCUAUUUUUCUAUUCAAACCUUGUAAUACUCAAUCACAUACAAGAGAUGGAGUGUUUCCCUGUAUCAGGUCAGGUGUCAAACACUGAUAUUGGAAUAGGUUUUCUUGACAGCACCCUAGUAAAAUGCUGAUCACUUUUUUUGGUGUAUGAUUGUUAAAGUUUCAGAGUUCACUAUGACUCCAAGUGCAAGGUAGAUUAAACCAAAUGCUGGGAUCAGAUCCAUUCUGUGUCAUAAUGCACACGUUUCUUCCUGUCUGAGGGCUCUUUGUGCGCUGCUUGCCUGAGAUCGUGGUGGUGGCUUACAGCCUUUGUAGGAGGGAAGGUGCUGAUGUCUGAAGUAAUAAACAAGUGUUGGUAAAAAUCAACUGUACUCAUUGUAGGUUUGGGUUAAGAACUUUAUAAAAUUCAUAUCAGGUUCUCUUGCUGGAUUAAUGUAAACUGCUUUGUUUGCAGGGUUUAUUGUCAUCCCAAAACCAGGCCAAUUCUCCAAGUGGAACUGUAGUAUAGCCAUCACACUACUGCUAGCAAAUCUCUGAACGCAGGACAAGAAGUAAUGACAGUGGAACCACAAGCUGUUCUUCAGGCAAAGAGCAUCACAAAUUAUAAUGUGGCAGAGUGUAAACAUGGAAUUAUGUGAAUCACAUAGUGACUUGCAAAGGACAAAUGUAAGGAGUUCUCACUACAGCUGAUCCUGCUAGGCUGCUCACCCAAGGAAGAGUUUGCAUUGGAGAAAAAGCAAAAAGCUUCCUUUAGUAUUGCAGGAAAAAGUAGUAACAUUUUUGUUUUCUUUAUACUUUUCAAGUCCAGUGUAAUUUAAUCUCUCUAUAAAUAUAUAAAUAAAAGAUAUAUAUAUAUAUAUAGUGUAACAUAAGAUAUGUUUCUUAAAUUCAAGUAAGUUCAAUGGUUAAACUAGUACUUCACCAUUGUUUAUUUUGCACUGAUUUUUUUAACCAGAGAUGGCUAGAAGACAGCCUGGAAUGCACUCAUGGAAAAUGAAAGUCAUUACUUUCUGGCUUCAAAAUGUUUUUCAGGAAGAUGGAUGCUGCAAUCAUAGAUUUUUUUAAAACAAAAUUGUUUUGCACUUAAAUAGUUUAAUGCUUAUAGAGAAUUACUUUAAAAUUGGUGUCCAGACACCAGAAAAACUAUGUUGUGGAGAAAAGAUCCUUUGUAUCUAUUAAACAUUUAUUUUAAUAUUGUUGUUUCCAACUGCAAUCGGUUCUGUAUUAUAUGUAUAAAUAAUGUAAUUCAGUGAUGGGGGAUGGGAGUAAUGGAUCAUUACACUAGAAAUUCUCAUUCAUUUAAGAAAGUGAUAUUUCUAAUUCAGAAAAUACAUAUUAAACUAUCUUGAAUAUGCAUUUUUGUUUACUUUCUGUUCAAAUCCAAUCACUUUUGAUGUAACCAAUUCUUUGCUGAAUUAAAUGUUUGGUACAGAAAUACUACCUAAACUUUGUAGAACAAAUUCCUUUCAAAAAUAUCUUACGUCAAACAUUGCUUCAUAUUUAAUAGAAUUGAAUUUCAGUUAGGAAAGUGAAAUACAAUUGUUCUGUUCUUGUUCUUAAUGGCUUAUCUCCAAACACAUCCUGCAGUUUAAAUACAUCAUACAGCAGCAACUUCACAGACAGGCAACUCAUGGGUAAGGAUUUUGUCAUCGCGUAGUCCCAUGCAUUUGGAGUUGGGAAGUGGAAGAUCCCACAGCAGUAGCUGUACACACUUUCUGACUUGUCAGUCAGAACCUGGGCUAACAUAUUGGAGUAGCAUUUCUGAGACUCAUUUCUCUUCCAUCAGGCAUCUCAUUUAUAACUCAAUGGUCUUAAACUGAUAAGUGUGAUGGGGAUAGACAUAUCCAUGGAUUUGCAGAAGUUAAUGUUGCUUGCCUAAACACUUGUCAUUUUUAAUCAGUCGACACACCACUUGUUUUCAGUAGUUCUUGCAAAGACUAACCCUCCAUGUCCAGCCCCAGACUGACAGAGAAUAGAAGUAUCCAUCAUAUGCUUCCCUUUUUCUUAUGCAGCAACGUUCACAACUGGGAUUUGCAGAAUCCUGCAGGCAGAGUAGAACAGAGGCUGCUGGCCCAGAACCAUCAACUUGCCUGAGGGUGCACAUACUGUAGCUGUGGGCACAAGUUAAUGUCCUUCGUGCUCUCCAACAAUAAAGCUGGGUAAAGUUUUUUAAUUACAAGUAAACUUAAGACAUUUUCUGGCAUGAAAAGCGAUUUGUUUUCAGGAAAUGAAUGAACAUUUGGGGAGAAGCAACUGCAGUAACUUGUAACUAAGUCUCAUCUUUGCAAUGCAGCCAGCAUGUAGAGAACUGCCAGAUCCAUUUAUAAGCUGGGAAUUUGUUCCCUACUUUAUUCAAGAUGUAGCUGUGCUUUACAAUUCUUAUCUGUCUUCUUCUAAAAUACAAGGAGUGGGGAAAAUACUGAAACCGAGCAGGAUUAUUUUUCAGAAGUUUUGUUUAUUAACAUAGUGGGUUUAACUGUUAAAAUACAGAUAAACCUCAUCACUGAAAACUAGUGUAGUUAUCUCCCCGUAGACUUCUUCUAGAUAAGUGCUUCAUAUGGUCUGAGUCAAAAUGAAACAGUUGAAAAAAUAUGCAGUAACUUUAAAAGACUUUUUUCCUUCAGCUGGGAAAAUACAAAACCAGUAGGGAAAGAACCGCAAAAUCC